UUUUAUCUCUUUCUGCAGGGCCACGAGGACAGAUUCACAGUUUAUGUUCAUUCAUCUGAGGAAAAACCAGUGCGUGUAAGCCCCUACUUUGUUGGUCGAGACAUUCCGAGUGAGAAAGUGGUCUGGGGAGAAUUUUCCAUGGUUGAAGCAGAGAGGAGGCUUUUGGCAAAUGCACUUACGGACCCUGAUAACCAACAGUUUGUGUUGCUUUCUGAUAGUUGUGUACCCCUGCAUAACUUCAACUAUGUGUAUCGCUAUCUAAUGUAUACAAAUGUCAGCUUUAUUGAUUGUUUCAUUGAUCCUGGUCAACAUGGAACUGGGAGGUAUUCAGAGCACAUGUUGCCUGAAGUUGAAAAGAAGGAUUUUCGGAAGGCUUCACAGUGGUUUUCCAUGAAGCGGCAGCAUGCUAUCAUGGUUAUGGCUGACAGUCUUUACUAUAGGAAAUUCAGGCUUUUCUGCAAGCCAAAUAUGGACGGCCGCAACUGCUAUUCUGAUGAGCAUUAUUUGCCAACUCUUUUUAAUAUGUUUGAUCCCAAUGGAAUUGCAAAUUGGUCUGUAACACAUGUUGAUUGGUCCGAAGAAAAAUGGCAUCCCAAAACAUAUAGGGCUCAAGAUAUUACUUAUGAGCUCCUAAAGAACAUUACAUCCAUUGACAAGAGCAUACAUGUCACUAGUGAUGCAAAGAAGAGUGUAUUGGUCACACCUUGUUCGUGGAAUGGGAUGAAAAGGCCUUGUUUUCUAUUUGGCAGAAAGUUCCAUCCUGAGACUCUGGAUAAAUUGCUGCAGAUUUUCUCCAAUUAUACAACAGUUUAAGCCUUUUCUCCAUCAACAUUAUUGUUUGCUCGUGUGCUGUCACCCCGGUUUUCUGUUUAAUUUUUUUUUUUUUUUUUUUUUUGAGAAAGAGUUUUCUGUUUAAAUUGAUGGAUUUUUAUCUUUAUUUCCACUUUAUUUCCAUUUUGGUUACUAUUUAAAUUAAUGGAUUCUUAUCUUUGGCCGUGAAAGAAGUUAUAUGUGGACAAUGGUCAGCAGCCAUGCACAUGA